GGUUUUUUUUGUUAUUUUUUAUGGAACUUUAUUUAUACAGACACCGAGGCGUCUUCGUUGCGUAGUGUGAAAGCGAUAGAGCUAGUUCCGGGUUGUCGGCCUGCUGGAUCACGUGAUACUAAUCAGCUGUCUGCUUUUUCUUCUUGGCUUUAGAUUGGGGCAGAUCCGCUGCUCACAGUUUGGGUUCAUGGAGGAAGAAGAGCCCAGUGAUGGGCAAGCGGCAAACACGAACGCCCUGAAUGAAGCACACCAAGAGAUGGCAACACGGAAAGACAGUGUUGAUGAAGGGCUGCCAGAUGAUUUUCUUUCGUUGGAUAAAAAAGCUGUGGAGCAACUGAGUGAAGGUCUAAUUUCUCACUACCUGCCCAGUCUUCAGAGUUCAAAACUUGCACUACAGGAGCUCACACAAAAUCAGGUUGUAUUACUAGACACGCUUGACCAAGAAAUAUCAAAGUUCAAAGAAUGCAAUUCCAUACUGGAUAUUAAUGCUUUGUUCACAGAAGCAAAGCAUUACCACAACAAGCUAGUAAACAUUCAAAAGGAAAUGAUAAUGCUGCACGAGAAGACUUCAAAAUUAAAAAAACGAGCUCUGAAGUUACAGCAAAAGAAACAGGAAGAAAAUCUUAGACAGGAGCAGCAAAGAGAACGAGAAUUUGAGAGAGAAAAACAAUUAACCGCAAAACCAGCAAAAAGGACAUUAUAUCCAAAUCCUGUCUAGAACUCUUCCUGUGCUGCAAUCAUGUUACACACUGCUUAAUUUGUGAAACACAACUCUGCAUGAUUGACACAAAACAGGAAUUGCACUCUUUUGGCGUUGGGCUGUGCAUAAUAUAGUGGAUUUCACCUCAGAAAAUCAGUGUGAAACAUUGACAUUUUAAUUAUUUUAAUGUACUGAGUGGUUUAAACACAGGCAAUGUACUCCAAUAAUCCAUGAGUGGGAAACUCCCUCAUUAAGUGUUGACUACAAUUUAUAUAAAUGUUGCAGUGAUAUGGACUGGCCAUUGUCUGAAACAAAGGUUUGGAUAGCCUCUGAUAGCCUGCUGGUCUUCUAUUUUAUUCCCUCUGUUCUUAAAAAGAAAUCCCAAUGUUUCUGAUAAUCCAGGGGUGUCCAAAAGGUAGAUCGGAAUCUACCAGUAGACCUUUAGCUGGUGAUCAGUAGAUCUCAAGACACGGUCAACAAACAACUUGUCUAAAUCACCAUCCUAUUUCAUGCUUUUUAUUUAUUAUGUUAAGGUUACAUAAGAAAUAUUUGUUUGUUAAAUAUAGCAAUAUAGAUUCUCAUAAAUCAAUAUUUAAAUAAUAUUUUCCAUUAACCAGACAGCCAACAAUGCUUUUAUAGAUGUAGAUCCCUAUGGGACAACAUCACUAAAAGUAGACCUCAUAUUAGCAUACUCUUAGCAACUCUCCAUGCUGAAUGCCAUAGCAAAAUAACUGUGUAUUGGCAGAGAUGGCUAGAAGCAUCAUUCACCUGGUACUGAAUUCAAUAAAUGGCCCUACUGUUGUUUAAUAGGUGUUGUGUAUUGGCCUUCUUCCACGAAAGUACAAUUACCAUUAGCUUACUCAUCCCUGGAAAGAACAGUAUUUGGGAAAUAAUUAUUUGACACAGUUCAAUUGUUGUUUGCUUGUUUUAUUGCUAUACUGCUUUCUUAGGACUGUAAGAAUGUAAAGUUCUAAUGGCUACAGUUUACUGAUGCAUAAAGACAUUUUUAUCUUA